AUGCCGCGACAGACAGGAGUCUCUUCCAAGUCAGAGUAUGGCUUUCCCCAUGUACUCGCAGCGUGCCCAGGUCUCUUCAAUCUCGAAGGCAAAACGAGGGCCACCUAUAUCCCACGCCACCGAAUUGGGUGGCUGCUCAACUACGUGGAGAUUCGUGCGGCGACGCCUGAGGACAAGUGGUGGGCGACUGGGCCGACAAAGUUGUUCCUGAAGAAGGUUAUUCGGGAGUGUUGUGCAAAGCAUGGCGUGCAGGCGACGGACAUUGGAGUCCUCCCCCUCGGUGAUAUAGGGUAUGACCUGAAGUGCCGUGACCUGCUCGGCCUCGUGUUCAUCCACUUCGCCAACAACUUGACCAACGAAAGCCUUGCCGUUGCCGCAAACGAGGCGCUACUGGACGAUUUGGCCGCCCUACUGCAGGUGCCUAAACAGGACGCGGUGUGGCUACUGCAGGACUCAGCUCUGUGA